CAGCAAAGAGAAGGUGUUGGUCUUCUUCAAACUGCGUCCCACUGUGAUCACAGAAGAGAACCUCGAUACGAGCCUGUUGGUGUCGUCCAUGCUGGAAUCUCCCAUCAACACCCUCUAUCAGGCUGUAAAGCAGGUUUUUGCACCUGUCCUGCUUCAGGAUGAGCGCUGGCGCUCAGCUUUCGAUCCUAAGCUUGCAAGUCUACUAAAUGAGCUGGAAGCGGGCUUGGGCUCUGUUGUCCGCCAGUCUGGGGCCAAACCUUCCAGCAAGAAGGGCCACACAGAAGAUGAUGUCCUGGGAAUCCUGACCCCCAAUGAUGAGUUCCAGUUUUGGGCAGAUCUCUCCGAGUCUGCAGAGAAGAGCGGAGUGAGAGAAAGGGCAUCAUAUUUCACUGAGCAGUUCAAACACAUACAAAAGGAGUAUGUUGGGCUUGAUGGCUUGUCCAUGUCAGACGUCGUGGACCUGGUGGAACAGAGCAAAGAUACUCUGGAUGAUGUUUGGAGGCAGACAGAUUUCCAGCCCUACCCAGAGGCACGAAUGGUCCGGCUCAUGGACGUUAUUGGUGGAGCCUUGGGAAGGUAUGUCCAGAAAAAGCUGAGCGGCCUUAAGAUUUUUGAAGAGCAAUUUGUGCUGAUGAGAGAGAACCUCAGAGCAGGGGUCUCCAUCUGUGAACAGUGGGUGGUAGCCUGCGAGCAUUUGACUGGGCAGGUGUGGAAAAGACAUGCUCCACAUCCUUGGGAAGGAAACAAGCACUGCCCACAGACCCUUCACUGCCUUGCAAAACGGCUGAACGAG